CUUUAUACAUACAGUAUUAUAACCAACCAAUCAUAAAAAGUAUAUUACUAUUGUUCGAUAGUCGCUUUUACUCAAUGUCUUCAUCCACAGAGUCUGAAAAACACAAUAAAUUGCUAUACAACAUCCUCAACUACCUAAAUACUUUAAUAGAAUCACCUGUCUCUCGUAAUCUUUCUAUCAAUACCGACCAUUUAUCCGAUACAAUCAAAUCUUUACAACAGGCUACUGGACUGUCUCUUGGUUCUCAUGAACAGAGGGAAAAAUAUCUUAAGGGUCCAACUUUAGAAUCAUUGUUUUUCAAUUCGGCUUUUUGCCAAGACGCCUCGACAACUGAAGCUAGCAAAAAGGAAAACCCUGCUGUCCAAAUCGAUGAAGCCAAAUUCAACCGCUAUAUUAAGACGCUUGAGGCACGGGGCUACUUCAGCAAUGUAUCUGAUGGCUCUGCUGAAUAUAAUGAAUUAUUGGAUAAAGCGCGCGCGAAGUUCAUUGAACGCUUCGCCACGACCGAGCCUUCAAAUUCGACACCCUCAUCAGCUGAUAGUUCAUCUGUGAAAAACACAGUCGAAAAGGCAGAUCCAUACCCUGGGAUGACUCAAGAAGAACGCUGUAAAAAGGCAGUAGAACUCAAGGAAGAAGGAAACGUCAAACUCACCGCGCGUUUAUACGAAGAAGCCAUUCGUCUCUACACAGAGGCGAUCGAGCUAAACCCUGAGGACCCUUGUUAUUAUUCGAAUCGGGCAGCAGCUUACUAUUUGGUUGGAAAAUAUGCCUCUGCUAUCGAAGACAGUAAGACUGCCAUUGCUAUUAACCCUAAAUACACCAAGGCCUACUCAAGACUUGGUCUGGCCUAUUUUUCUAUGGGAAAAUACAAGGACGCAAUCCAAGUGUACGAGCAGGCUCUUCAAUUAGACUCAAAUAACGAGAGCAUUAAAAAAGCUCUUCAAGCUGCUCGUGAGAAGCUGCAAACUCAGGAAUCGUCUAACUCAUAUAAUAACGCCGAAACCUCGUCAAGCCUUGAGGAUAUGCUUGGCAAUCUGAUGGGUAAUAUGCCGAACACGGCAGGAAGAAGUCCUUCUGACUUGAAUGCACUUCUCAGUGACCCUAGAACUAUCCAACUGGCACAACAAGUAGCUUCUAAUCCACAACUUAUGCAAAUGGCGCAGCAGUUCCUUUCAAAUCCUUCAUUCAUAAACUCAUUCGGAAGUUUAUUCAGCGGUACUCAAACCAAUUCUAACAAUAAUGGCAAUGUAUCAAGCCUAGAUUCUACUAGACAAUAGCAACUUGUCAAAUCAGCUAUAUUCUAAGGGGUUUUGAUUCGAGUUCCAUAGCCUGAUAUACGAAUUGCGUGUAAAAAUAUGAAUGCUUGAAAUCUGUGCAAGCUUAUAGGCUUUGAUAA